CUCUUCUGUCUGCCUCAUCACCUCUCCCGUCUGCAUCACGCCUCGCAUUGUCGACCACGACGACCAUCUUAACGACUUCACGUCCCAAAAUUAUACCCGAAAUAUCAUAUUUUCGCGGGCGUGUAUGCGCCGAUCGUCUCGACGGCCUUUUUGUUAUUCAACAGGGAAACAAUCGCCAUCUUCCCCUGCCCCCAAGCUCUUUAUCGAUUUCUUCUUGGCUUGCGUGGUGGUUGGGCCCUAAAUCCUUUGGUCAACCUCGCGGAUCCAAACUCUAACAUUGCUCGUUCCCCUUGCCCCCCCCCCCCCGCCAGCCUUGGGUCCAUUCCUUUUCUCACCCCGACAAACAACUGGGCGAACCUGCAACCCGUCUGUAUUAGCUUCUCCAGGCGUCUGAAGCUGCUCAAGAUUUCUUCCAGAUUAUCUGCCAUCCGCUCGCGCAUCGAAGAGAAGAUCUGCCGGACCAGAACCUGGAAAUAUCACGACACGACAUCCAAUUCACGACCGCUUCGUCAACGAACGAGCCCGCGGCGCGAUCGAUCCGACUUCCAGCAUCCUACCGCUCUUCUCGAGAUAUUCAAAAGAGCUCGCGACCCACGGAAAUUCGCGGUCUGUUCUCACCGCUGUCUCGUCUGGACUUUCGCGGGACUUUGCGGGCCAGCUUUUUCGCAGCAGACAUUCGAGUACACUCUGCGAAGCAGCUUCUUUUCACACAUGGCCCACGAUCAUCGCUAGUUCACGUAGUACCCGUCGACGGCCUCUCGUCUCCGUUGCCAAGGGUCGCCAGACAGUUAGAUCGACGAAAAACAAAUCCAGUCCCGUUCCACCUGCUGCACGAAUACUGAGCCCGGCGUCUCGGCGCCAACCGGAGCCUUCGCGGUCAGGCUUCCGAAAGUCAUCUCAGACACUCGCGACGAGCCUCUAGUACUAGCCCCGGGCACUGCUCGGCGAGGCAAAUCGACGCCAUGGCUGGCAAUAUGCCUCAGAUGGCAGGCAUGAUGCAGCCGCAGCAGCGUCCACCUUUGCAUCCAAGCCAAAUCACCCAGAUUGUUUUCAAGCAUCUCGCAGAACAACCUCCACUAGUAACAGGCUGGCAGUCUGGACUAUCUAUACAAGAGCGUCUAGGGAAAACAUGCCAACUAGUCACACAGUUUAGAAUGGUCAUGCCGAACGAAAUCCACACAGCAAAGUGUAUUGAACUUGGGUUGACUUGUGAAAGGAGAGCCUUGAUAGAGGCACCGGAUCGCAACGCAUAUGAGCAACUCAUACAGUCUAAAAUGGCCGAAUUACAGAACAAACGAAUGCAGGGUCAACAUCACAUGCAGAACAAUGUCAACCAGCAGGCUGCCUUUAUGCAUCAGCAGCAACAGCACCAGAAACAACAGCAACAGCAGAGGAUGAUGCAGAACGCCGCCCAUGCCGCGGCACAGGCACAAAUGAAUGGUGGGAUGGGGCCCAACUCACAGCUCCCUUUUCAACAUUUGCAGCAUCAAAUGCAGGCUUCGCCAAUUCCUCAGCAAUCAUCCCCGCCGAUGCAAAUGGGGAUGGGUGGCAUGGGAGGCAUAGCAAAUCAAGCCAACAUGCCCAUGGGGGCCGGUGUGCAGGACAACGGCAUGACCAUGGCAGACAAGCAGAAAAUUUUGGAAGUCGCGAAGCAAAAUUAUGCACAAGCUCCCGAGCACACCAAGCAACAAAUCCGAUUGCAAAUGGCUGCGAAAAUGACACCUCAACAGCAAAAUGAUUUUCGUAGCAAAGGCAUCGAUCCCGUACUACAUUGGUUCCAAAACCAGGCUAUCAACCAGUUCCGGAGGAGCAAGAUGAUGGCACAACAAGGCCUUUCUGGUAUACCCAACCAGGGCAUGGUGAAUCUGCAGCCGCAGAGGCCUGGUGCGGUAAAUGGACUCGCACAAGCUGGGCCCCAAGGUGUUGGUAACCACAUGAGCCCUUUCAACAUGGAGAGCAUGAUGAGUGAGCAGAAAAACGCAUUCAUGGCUCAAGAGGCUGGUCAAACGGUUGUCCCCGCAAACGGGUCCCAAAAUCGACAUGCAAAUCCUCAGCCGGGGCCUAAUAUGCAGAGUCAAGGCAUGUCAAAUCUUCAGCAGACACCCAACCAGCCACAACGACCGCAACAACCGUUCGGUAUGCAGCAGGCAAAUCCUCACCUACAGGCCCAGCUAAGAGCGCAGGCUUUGGCACAAGCUGGCAAACAGGCGGGGCUUCCGGGUCAGCCGGGUGGUGGUCCCGGUGGACCUCCGAUGACAUCUCAGAGCCCGGCCAUGGGAACACUGAACACUCCCAUGGCGAACCCUCCGGUUUCGAUGGGCCAGAUGAACAUGCAGACAGCGCCAAAUGGGGUGCCCCAACUUGAUCCUCGCUUCAUGCCGCGGACUCCCGUCUCAAUGGGCGGCAAUGUGAACAGCCACAUGAACCCUCAGGUCAUGUUGCUCCUUCAGAGGAUGACUCCGGAGCAGAGGGCACAGAUUCAAGGCUUGGCUCCAGAGCAGCUCAACAAGCUGACAGCAAAGUGGAUUGAACAAGGCUCUGGUAAUAUGGUAGGACCUCAGCCAGGGCAGCUGAACAACCCAACGAUGGAAAAUAGAAACCCAGGCCCGAACCCGGCGUUGGGCAUGCCAGGCCCCCAGAUGCCACCGCAGAUUGGCAAGAUGAGCCAUGCACAAGUCGUCGAGUACAUGGACAACAUGGAGCUGCCUCCUCAGAUCACCAGGGCGCUUCCUAACUUGACCAUCCCCGUUGAGAUCAAAACCUACAAGGCCCUAAAAGAUUGGCUGCAGCACAACCAGCUUAUGCAGCAGUACGAAAAUACAGUAAAACAGAUGCAAAUAAUGCAGUUCAAGGCCGAGAUGAACAAAAGAAUGCAGCAGGGACAGCAGCCGCUCCAGGCGAACCAACAAGCAUUGGCCCAUCAGCAGCAAAUGGCGGCGCGGCCACCCCAACAGCCACAGAAUGCAGGUCAGGGCAUGGGGAUGCCGCAGCCGGGGCCACCGCCCCAGGGCAAUGCCGCACCGCCAAACAACCAGCAGCAGAUGCUGCUAGAACUAGCUCGGAACUUGCCUCAGCAUCUCAUACAACCAUCCCCGCAAGAUAUCGAGACGUUACGGAAGCAACCAAGAUGCGCCGGCUUUACUGACGAGCAGCUAUUUGACCUCGGCAGGCAGAUCAAAGCCAAGAAUUAUCUUGUGAGGCAACAACAACAGCGAAAUCAACAGCAGCAGCAGCAGCAGCAGCAGCAGCAGCAAAGGCAGGCACAGCAGCCCCAACCCAACAUGCCCCAGCCUCCUCAAAGUCACCUUGGUCAGCCAUUGGCUCAGCCUUCUCACGAGCUCAAUCAAAACCCUGCGCAGAAACAACCUCCUGCACCUUCAGGGUCAGCAGCACCGCCGACUAACGAAAAGCAAUCACCUGCCAUGACUGCACCAACACCUACCAUGAUGAACCGCACUCAGUCCCAGCAGGGGCGGGCACCGCAGAAUGCAGCACAGCGACGGAACCUCAAGCGUUCCAGCCCGGAUGAUGUGAUCGACGUUACUGGGCCCACGCCACCACCGACGAGGCAGCCGCAGCCACCUCAACCACCGCAACCGAAGCAGCAGGGACCGCAAACUCAAGCCCAGAACCCGCAGAGGCCAGCUGCCCCUGGCCCUGUUCGACCACCAAUGACGCAAGAACAGUUGUCCAAGCUCUCGCCGGAGAACAGGGCUAAAUAUGAGGCCGCAAUGAGAAAUCGCCAGGUUCUCAUGAGCGUCCCCCCAGAGGUUCGAGAGCGUAUACAGAAACUGGCAGCCGAAGUUGGACACGAGGUGGCACAGAUGGUGCAGCGUGACUUGGACGUACCUGCAGCUGAAGUCGCCGUGCUUCGACAGAAAUUACCCUUCCUUGUUGCUCAACUUCAGAAAGCUAUGAAGGGUUUCCCUCAGUGGUACAAUGUUCAUGGCGACGAACAGCGUGCGCGCCUGUUCAUCCGCUACCGACAUCUUGUAAUGCACCAGUUUGAAGACGGCAAUAGUGCUGGCCCAUUGAAGCAGCAGCUGUCAGUGAGGAUAAACGACAUCGAACAAGCUCUGAUUUUGGUUGAAGGCAUGACCCGUGAGAUGAAUGCGCUUUUCAACGGCGCCGUCACUCAGGCACGCGGUCCGGUAGCUCAACAACCAAACAAGCCUCAGCCACAGCCACAGGCGCCACGGCCCCAGGCCGCAUCGGAAGAGAACUUUGAGGCAAACAAGGCGCAGGCAAAGCCGAACAACAAGGCGGCACAGGCUCCUGCUGGCCCCGCGGCUCAGCAGCCACAAUAUCCUGGGUUCGGGUCGCUGCCAAAGAACACAGCUGUGCCGGCAUACCUUGGCAAACCUGCUGUUACAGUAGACACCCUCAACCCACCUCCCCCGAAGCGGAAGAAGCCCAACCCUGGCCAAGUCUCAUCUCCUGCGCUGCAGUCUGCCCAUGGCUCACCACCUCAAACCAAGCCUCCAUCCCCGGAGGCUCGCCGCGAGCAUGUAGCCGAAGCACCCAAACAGCCACCGCGGCCGCUGAUACUGUGCAGCGAACCCGGUUGUGAUGCCGCUGGCACUGGAUUCCCCACGGAAGAAGCGCGUAACUUGCAUGUUCAGGAAGAGCACCUCAGGCCGAGUCAAGACCCGUUCAAGUACUUGAAAGAGAGUUUCGCAUUCGCCGAGGCCGCGGAUCAGCAGAAGAAGUUAUCAACAGCAGCCCCAGGAUAUCAGUCACAGCCUCAGCAAUCAGUUGCCAUGCAAUUAACGCAAUCCAAGGAUGGCUCUGUGGCCACGUCGACCCCAGGAGCGGUCCCGAUGAACCGACAAGCUAGCGGGGUAACCGGACCUCAUGUUGCGAAGCCCGGGCAGGGAAUGAUGGGUGGCACUCAGGGCGCUACCCCGGCCAGCAGCACCGCCCAAGACAUGGUUCUGUCUCAGCCCCAGCCGCCUGCAGAGGACAACUUGUUCACGGGAACCGUUGUUCCUAAUGAGAUCUUCUCGGGCAUUCCCAACUUCAGCGCUACGGCAGACGGGGUGAUCUCAGACCCGAGUCUAUACAGGACACAUACGCCCAACGAUACUCCCGACUCGAAGGAUGGCAGCACCUCUGAGCCUAACAGCGACAUCCCCGACAAUGCGAACAUCGAGAUCGAUAUGGCGUGGGCUGCGCUGGACGAUGAUUUCUUAGUGAAUCUGAACAAUUUCUCUGUGGAGAACACGGAAGGCAUGGAUACUUCGACAAGUUUCAUAGAUUGGAACGAUGUAACGACCGAUUUCGACAAGCCAUUCUCGUUCGAUGGAUCCAACUACAUCUUGGAAGCGAACUGAUGCAAAGGUCUGGAGAAUAUUUUCCCAGCAGUUUUCGAAUCGCGCCGCCUUGGACGCCACUGAAGGGGCCUUUGGGUUUGGCAACCAGCAUGUUUUGAUCGCCAAUUUUAUUGUUUUACGGUUUUCUCAUCCAUACUCGCAUGACCAUUUGGGCGGGCAUCUUGUUCAUCUUUUUUCUUGCACUACUAGCAUAGGCGUUCUGUGUAAGGGAGAGUCAAUCUUCUUUUGGGCACUUGGAAUAUUUCUUCUUUGAAAACUACGGAUUUUGUUGGGGUAUCGAGAUGGGGGCUGGGACUCUAGUGACUGCUAGAGGGUUUUAUAAGGCAGUGUUGAAGCGAAAAGGAGGUUACGGCCUUGUUGAUACAUACGACCACUAUAUGUCUUAACCCGCGAUGGAAGCAGAAAGUACAUGAGGGGGGUGGUUGCUGCACGGGUGUGUGCAGGGAUUGGCUUCUAUUUCGGGCCGUUUCCCUCUUAUGAUGGGCGCAUUUCUGUUUUCGUUCUUGUGUUUUUUUCUCAAAAUCCUGUUUAUGUAUUUGCUGUUUUUCCUCUGCUAGAUACCAUGGUCGCAAAGAUCGACCGGCUAAAAGGACAAGUUGUCUUUUUUGUUUUUUUUUAGUUGAUUAUUUUAUUAUUCAUACUGUUGUCCUUUCUAUAUCGCGAGUCCCUGUCACUU